GCACGCGUUGAUAGCGUCUGAAAUGAAAUCAAGGAAUUGCAAUGGCUCGGUCUGCACAAUCUCAGCUUGGAAAAAGCAAACGAAUCAACGGCCAAAUCCUACCUACACAGUCUCAUACAAACAAACGUUGAUGAAGGAGAAUUUAUGGGUGCAGUUUGAUAGAAUCCAGUUAGCGUUUCAUGGACUCCUGGUCGACAGAUUGGAGGAACAGUACCCAGCGAACAAAAUCCUUAAAUGGAUUUUGCCAACGCCGAAGUUUCUGGCUCCCCACUGUGGCACAAUGACAACAAUCCUGGAGGUGAAAACCGACGAUCCACCGGUCUUCCCGACGGAAUGGAAAUUCGCAAUUCAGGAUAGAGAACUGUCCAUCCAAAUCUCUACGAAGACCUUGCCACUCUGCUUCAGAUGCAGAGAACGUGGCCACCUCGGCACUGACCUACACAACCCCAAAUUUCCAAAGAAUCAGAAGGAAAGGAAGCUCCUACCCGACAUGUUGGUGGAGGUGGAGGAUGCCCCUGGCACGUGGUUCAUAGUGGAUUCUACCUAUGAUGGGUGGGUGUUCGACGAUAAUCUAGAGGAACCUGACUGGGUAUGGCAUUACUCAGACAAGGAGGCCACAACCAAGAAGCCAUACAUUUUUCCCCCGGCUGACAGCAGGUGGCAAAAAAACGCAACAGGGAAAGAAGCAGGUAAUCCCACGAAGAUCAAUGUGAUACCCCUGAAUGACUCCCGUGUCAUUAGGGAGGAGAAAACAAGGGAGGAUCUGCUCUGGGACCUAGAGACAGUAAGGGAACAGGCCGAACAGGAGUACAACAAGGAACCUGAAAAUUUUCAAAAGCAGACUCAGGAAAUAAUUGAGCUCAAAGAGAACGAAAGCAAAACUGAAAACGGGCAAAAAACAGCUAACCUACAGUGUGAAAACAAGAGAACCUUAGACAACAGCCCGAUCAAAGAGAGAGGACAGGCUGAUUCAAAGAGGAGGAGGGCUAACACUGCUGAAGGCGCUGAAGGCGUAGAUGCAAGCCCAAAAAACAGUGUAACGGAGAAGCCUGCUAAAGACUCGGACUUUGCCAUGGACGAAGAGGACAGUGAAGACAACAAAAGUUCAAGUGGCUCUGCCCCCAUCAGCGACCAGACUUCCCCUCCCAACAGGUCUCUUCAAUGGCUCCGUGAGUACAUCGAAAACACAAAGAGGGAGAGGGAACACCUGUUCAACAUCCGAACAGCGUGCCUAAAACACAUAGAGAGGAAUCUGAAACAGGGCACAAUCGCUGGGAUCCAAUCAUCUUGCAACAAAUACGAGUUGCUGGAAAAAGAAGAAGAAUUCUUAGAGUAUGCUGCAUUCAGGUACGCAGAGAAGAAAAGAGUCAGAGAACAGGGUCAAAUGGAUGCAAAAGAGAACAACAAGGAUUCUGACGAUCCCUUCCAGGAUCUGCGCCCGAAGAAAUGGAAAGCUGCAAAAGUACAGAAGAAGCAGGAUCUCAACCAUGGUCAGACAAAAACUGCUAAGAAAACAGCACGCGCUGACCUUGAGUUGGAUCUCGCAGUCAUUGAGGCCCAAGCAGAAAAGCUGAAGAAGCUCAACGCUGCAUACCAACCGGAAUUCACAUCCCUGCAACACAUAGCAGAGGGUAAAGCCCCACAUGUACUUCAACAAGCCAGAUCGGCCAGACUUACUAUGAUGGGACUGCGGCCGCUGUUAGCCGCUCGGCUCAACGGAAUUCUUUGGGGGCAAGAGACGGGAGCGCUGCAUGAGGAUCAGCGAGUGACCCUUACUGACCCAAAGGACUCCAGACAAAGCUCUUUCACCCCCCUGAUCGCCAAGAUGCCUGAGAGAACAAGACUGAAAAGAGGCAUGAUAUGGAGAUCAUGGGACACAGUGACUGCAAUUCCAUACAGUGUAUUGUCAGGUCUGGGAAUCCCGGCGGAGCUGCCAGCAGCCUCGCUAGCUGACAUCCUCAGAGCUGGCACACUGAACGGGGAGGCAGACCUAGAAACCAGAGCUUAUGCCAUGGAUCUGGACUGCUUCUACAGGGAUGACUUCCAGGAGGAGGACAUGGAGGACUGGGCUGGCGAUGAGCGCACAGACCAGGACCCCCUGGGCUCCCCGGGAAACCAUGCCAGUGGCAGCAUAGGGGAAUACAAGAUCGAUGAUCUGGGGGUGAAAACCGAAGUGGACCCACCCGUGACAGGUCCGAACACCUCAAUCUCCACGGAUCCGGGUGCCUCCUGAACGACAAUUUGUCUGCCCCAAAAAUAAUAGGUCCCCAAUAUGGAGGGGUUUAGGAAUAAAGCAAAUCAACAGGCCCCCAAACC